UGUUUUUGGUUGGGUGAGAUUUUUGUUCACGUGAGGAUUGUGAAAAAAUGCCGCAUAGAACGACUUACUUCUUUCCAAGGCAAUUUCCUGACCGUGGGUUGGAUGCAUCUGCAAAGUUUGUUAAUGAUCACGAGAAGGAGAAGAAGAUCAGUGACGUUGAGGAUCGAAAGUCUUCUUCAAAGGAGAGCGAUGCCACAUCGAAACAGCUCAUAAGUGAUGUGAAAGAGACUAAUAACAAUAAUGAUGCUACGUUUUCGUACGGGAACCGUGAUAAGAUUCACGGGAAGCAGUUGGCUGCUUUUGUCAACUGGCUGACUGAGAAAAAUAAGAAAGGGAAAUCAAUACAGAAUCACGUGAAGAUCAAAUUGGAUGAUGGAGAUACAGAGGAUGAACAUGAACUUUUGCUACCUGUUCCUCCUGAAGCUGUACCGAUACAUGAACUGCAGGUUGAUUGCCACGUGGCACCGCCGGAGCAGAAGCAGCAGGGGACAUUUGAUCGGAAAGCGUCAUUGCAGAGGUUGUCGAGUAGUGGAAGCAAUUACAGUUGUGUGGGAAAGCAAUUCGAGAGACAAACUUCGUUGCAAAGGCUGUCGAGUUGGGGAAGUACUAGUUAUGCAGGGAGUUUGUUUUCAGGAACAACGGUUGAGGGGAACUGGCCGAGUACGGGAGUUAAAGACACGCAGACGUCGACGACAAGGGAAGUGGAGGAGGAAGUAGUGGUGAAGGAUGCAGAGGCGAGAGUUGAUAGCGAGGAUACAUUGAUGCAGAAGUCGAAGGAGAGCUAUUACUUGCAGCUCACACUCGCUAAAAGGCUUGUAGAGCAAGCCAUGCUUGCUUCUGGAGAGCCUAUUCUUCUGCAGGAGUGCAAAAGUAUCAAGGGCCUUGGUGGAUCUUCUGAUGCUCAAACUGUAUCUUAUCGUUUAUGGGUGAGUGGUUCGUUGUCUUAUGCUGAUAAGAUAUCUGAUGGGUUUUACAACAUAUUAGGAAUGAAUCCAUAUUUGUGGGUUAUGUGUAAUGCCACAGAGGAUGGUAAACAAAUACCAUCUCUAAUGGCAUUAAAAGGAAUUGAACCCAGUGAGACAUCAAUGGAGGUUGUUCUUAUUGAUAGGCGUGGGGAUUCAAGGCUCAGGGAAUUAGAAGAUAAAGCUCAAGAAAUUUACUUUGCUGCUGAGAAUACGUUAGUCUUGGCAGAAAACCUUGGCAAGCUUGUGGCUGUCUAUAUGGGGGGCUCUUUUCCGGUGGAGCAAGGUGAUCUUCAUCAGCGGUGGAAAGCUGUUAGCAAGAGAUUACAAGAUUUGCAGAAGUGCAUUGUGCUACCAAUUGGCAGUUUCUCGUCAGGACUUUGCAGGCACAGAGCUAUUCUGUUCAAGAAAUUGGCGGAUUAUGUAGGUUUGCCUUGUAGGAUAGCUCGAGGUUGCAAGUAUUGUGUCGCAGAUCACCGGUCUUCUUGUCUGGUGAUAAUUGAGGACGACAGAAGAUUGUCAAGAGAAUUUGUGGUUGAUCUUGUUGGGGAUCCGGGAAACGUACAUGGUCCAGAUUCCUCUAUCAAUGGAGGUGUAUUGUCUCCUGUGCCUUCACCACUUAAAGUAUCUCAUUUGACAGAGUUUCAACAGCCUUAUAUGGAUAAUAACAUAAGUAAUCAGUUAUUGCAUUCAGAUGACACAUUUGCUGCUCCAGAAAAUGCCUUGCAUACAGACCCCCAUGUUGAGAGUAAACACGUGGAGGAAAUUGUUGUCAGUGAUAAGCCAAAAUUUUCAAAUGAUCCACUUUACCAACCUUAUCAAGCUUUGGAAGUUAAACCAUGUGAAGUUCUUGUUGCGGCUGAAACAGCAGGAGAUGAGAAUUCUAGACCUAGAGAAGACAAAAUUAUUAUCAGGCAGACUUACAAGAAGGAGGUUGUUCUGUCCAAAAACUCACCAUUGCAACCUGGCAGACCGCCAAAAGCUACUUUAAUAGGUAAAAUGGAUGUAAUGGAGCUUGGAGGUAGAACUGGGAACCGUGAGAAACAUCCGACAACAACAAAUCCAAGAUAUCUGUAUCUUGAGCCUUUUCUUGCUAUGGACUGGCUUGAGAUCUCAUGGGACGAAUUACAUAUAAAAGAGCGUGUUGGCGCUGGUUCAUUUGGAACAGUACAUCGUGCUGAAUGGAAUGGAUCGGAUGUUGCAGUCAAGCUGCUUACCGUCCAGGAUUUUCAUGAUGAUCAGUUGAAGGAGUUUUUAAGGGAGGUUGCAAUUAUGAAACGCGUCCGUCAUCCAAAUGUGGUGUUGUUCAUGGGGGCUGUUACCAAACGCCCUCAUCUAUCAAUUGUGACUGAAUAUUUGCCCAGAGGAAGCCUCUACCGUCUGAUACACAGGCCUGCUGCUGGGGAAUUGUUGGACCAGAGGAGACGUAUCCGUAUGGCUCUGGAUGUGGCCAAGGGUAUCAACUAUCUUCAUUGUCUGAGCCCACCCAUUGUGCAUUGGGAUCUGAAAUCUCCUAACCUGUUGGUUGAUAAAAAUUGGAAUGUAAAGGUGUGUGAUUUUGGUCUUUCAAGAUUUAAAGCUAAUACGUUCAUAUCAUCAAAAUCAGUUGCUGGAACUCCUGAGUGGAUGGCCCCCGAAUUUCUCCGUGGAGAACCCUCAAAUGAGAAGUCUGAUGUGUACAGCUUUGGUGUAAUUUUAUGGGAGCUUGUUACCAUGCAACAGCCUUGGAAUGGACUGAGCCCUGCGCAGGUAGUUGGUGCUGUAGCUUUCCAGAACAGGAGGCUCACUGUUCCACAGAACACUUCCCCAAUGUUGGCAUCUCUCAUGGAAGCCUGCUGGAAUGAUGACCCGGUACAACGCCCAUCCUUCGCUAGCAUUGUGGAUACAUUAAAGAAACUACUCAAGUCUCCACUACAGUUGAUUCAGAUGGGAGGAACAAUGAAGAGUUAAGAUACUCUCCACUUAUCUUGGAGAAGAAUAAAUUCAUCAUAGUUCAAAGAUACAUAAUUUACGUAAUGCUGACGAAAUCCGGAAAACGUUGCCCAACAACUGCAAAUAUGUUGGCUCUCUUCAACUUUGAAUGAUAAACAGGCCUCUGUUAGUUCCAGUUAUAGAUAUGAGGCAUUUCUAAAGCUGCUUAAUUUCUUGCAAGAAACAACUCUAAACUUUGUCAGCCAAUUAUCCUUGCAAAUGUGGAAUAAUAAGAGGCUGGAAUUAUAAUUAUGUAGUAGUAUUUUGGAGAAGUAUUCCUUGUAGAAGUCUAUAAUUAUGUAGUAUACGGGGAAAGUAUUCUUGCAAUAGUUUUUAUUAUUCUGAUUACUGAAAUAAUAAUAUAGAAAAGGUCAGUUAUUUAUGGUUUAUCUA